AUGUCGCCCAUCGAAAGAUUACCGCCUAAGAUCCCGAACUAUGUACUUGGAAUUCGGCGCCCCCCCGAAAAGGCCUUCGUUUCUAAAAUCGACGAACCACGCUACAAGUGUGGGGGCGAAUGGCAAUAUCAGACGUACGCGAGAUACCAUGCCGCGUUUGCUCGGACUAGCCGCCAUUUCCAUGAUAUAUUGAACGAGCAACUGUACACUCGAAAUCUAUCUCGCGACCCAGACCAUUGCUCUUGCCUCUUCUGGGCCGUCGGUCACAACCGACUGGAGACUAUCAAACGAGCCCGCCAAUAUGGUGCAGACUUAUCCUCGUACGGCUUAGAGAAACGAUAUAACGGAUACUAUAAUAUGAAGGUGAACGGUGUUCUGAUGCCGCUUACUUGCUUGAAACUCGGGGACAAAAUGGCGGGGUCGCCCCUCUAUGACGCUGUUUCCUCCGGCUUCGAGGAAAUUAACACCAAUGCCACCAGGACUAUCCACUUGAAGCAGCCUUGCGACUGGGACACGAAGAGAUGGCCAAUAAGCUCGUUAAACACGGGGCCUACCGCUCCCGACCGGGUUUAUCGGCACUUCCCUCUGCUUUCGCCAAGGGUUUCCAGGGCGUUGUCACAACCCUUCUCCAGAGAAAUGACCGUGUCUUUGGUCGGAAAGCUUCUUUUCGGUGCUUUGACCGACGAUUUAGAGCUUGUCAUGCAGUGUCUUGAGGAUUCGAGAGUGGACGUCAACGCCAAAGAUAUUGAGGGGAACAGUGCACUGCACCUAGCCAUCAACUCUGCCGGAGAGAACUUGGACCUUGUCAGGUUUCUUCUACGGCGACGCGGGAUUGACACUUCCAUCCCAAACGAGGCCCAAUGUAAACCCAUUCAUCUGGCAGUCUUGAAGGGUCGGGUGGACAUUGUCCGGCUUUUCGAAGACAGGCCACUUUUUUCCAUUGGUAGCCGAACAGGCUGGAGCGAAAGUGCCUUGCAUAUGGCCGCCCAGGCAGCAAGUAAAGAGCUCUUCUUCCAUUUUCUGAACCACCCCGAUUUUGAAUAUCCGGAAGGCGAAGACCUGCGCCGCCUAGAACACCUUAUUGCUGGUAGCAAGGGCGACGUCCAGGCAAAGGCUUUUUUGCAGGCCUUGGUUGAUGCGGAACUUCAGCUAAAGCCAACCCGCUCUACUCCCGGCUAUGCCAUUCAAAAGGGCAACUUGCUGACCGCAUCAAAACUUCUUUCUCUGAUUUCCAAUGACGAUCUCUUGGGCUCCACCCAGCGUAAUCGUCAGGCUCCUCCUGGGAGAGUAGUACUCACUGGGAAACUACCACUUGGUCCCCUCCACUGUGCUCUGAUGAAACAACACGACCAUGUGACGACAUUGGUCAGAGAGUUGUUAGAGCGCGGCGUUGAUACCGAACUACCCGCAAACAGUCUGGACGGGGCAGUUGGGGAUUGUAAAGCUAAGCCGCUGUUCUUUGCGGCCGCUUUCGCCCAGAAUACGGACUGCAUGAAGAUGCUUCUCGAGGCCGGCGCGGAUGCAACUUCUACUACACGGGUCCGAGUGUCUCGGAAAUUGAAGCAGCCUCUGUUCCGCACCAUGUCGUUGCUGUCCGGUUUACUAAGUUAUGUUUGGAGGGACCGAACGUCGAUCGUGGAGUAUCCUGUUCAGCACCCUAGCAGCACGGAUUCACCUAUCCAAGAAGACAUGUUUGAAUUGGAAAAUCGGGUUUUGCUGUUACUUCGACAUGGUGCAACAUUGAACAAAUUUGGGGAUGGUCCGUCAGCUUUGGGCCUUGUGUGCAACGAGGCCGCGGAGAGCUCUUCCCUGAACUUUCUGAAGUGGGUGAUAGACAAUGCGACGACAGGCAACGUUAGUACAAAACACGUUGACUCGGUUCUCAGCGAAUUUGCGCUGGUCAAGGACAUGCCGGUUCAAAGGGAAAUACACAAUAUGCUCAAAAGACUCAAGGAAAGGCUACUGCGAGACAGAAAUCAAGAUUAA